UAAACCAGAGCCGAACAGAGUGAAGGCGGGAGCGGACAGUGCAGGAGCAGAACACCGAGGCAGUGUCACUGUAGCGGAUACUAACGUCUGUGGUUUGUUCAGCCCCGGGAGAUGAAACUCCAAUUCUGAGUGUGUGGAAAAGUGUUUAACUCCAGUCUGGGACAAUGACGGUGGAUUUUGAAGAUUGUAUCAAGGAUUCUCCCCGAUUUCGGGCCAGCAUCGAUGAGGUGGAGACUGAGGUGGUGGAGAUUGAGGCGAAGCUUGAUAAGCUGGUGAAGCUCUGCAGCGGCAUGAUCGAAGCAGGGAAGGCGUACGUCGGCGCCAACAAGCUUUUCGUCAACGGUGUUCGUGAUCUGUCUCAGCAGUGCAAGAAAGACGUGAUGAUCUCUGAGUUUCUGGAAAAGUGCAGCGAAAGCCUCCAGGAGAUCAUCAACUACCACAUGAUUCUGUUUGACCAGGCUCAGCGCUCGGUAAAGCAGCAGUUGCACAACUUUGUGAAAGAGGAUGUGCGUAAGUUCAAGGAUACCAAGAAGCACUUCGACAGAGUGCGGGAGGAUAUGGAGAUCGCACAGGUGAAGAACGCUCAGGCGCCGAGGAACAAACCUCACGAGGUGGAGGAAGCCACCUCCACCCUCAGCAUCACCCGCAAGUGCUUCAGACACCUGGCCCUGGACUACGUGCUACAGAUUAACGUCCUACAGGCCAAGAAGAAGUUUGAAAUCCUCGAUGCGAUGCUGUCAUUCAUGCACGCCCAGUACUCACUUUUCCAGCAGGGCUACAAUCUGCUGGACGAAAUUGAUCCGUACAUGAAGAAGCUGGCCGCUGAGCUGGUUCAGCUGGUGAUCGACUCAGCCAUGGAGAAGAGGGAAAUGGAGCACAAACACGCCACCAUUCAGCAGAGGACUCUUUUACAGGAUUUCUCCUAUGACGAAUCUAAAGUGGAAUUCAAUGUUGACGCUCCUAAUGGUGUGGUGAUGGAGGGCUACCUGUUCAAGAGGGCCAGCAAUGCCUUUAAGACCUGGAACAGACGGUGGUUCUCCAUACAGAACAGUCAGCUGGUCUAUCAGAAGAAGCUGAAGGACUCUCUGACAGUGGUGGUAGAAGACCUGCGGCUCUGCUCAGUCAAACCCUGUGAGGACAUCGAGCGGCGGUUCUGCUUCGAGGUCGUAUCUCCAUCGAAGAGUUGUAUGCUCCAGGCUGAAUCGGAGAAGCUAAGACAGGCUUGGAUUCAGGCAGUUCAAGCCAGCAUUGCUUCAGCCUACAGAGAGAGUCCAGACUCCUAUUACAUAGAGCACCUGGACAGAACUGCGUCACCGUCCACCAGUAGUAUUGACUCAGCCAGUGAGACACGGGACCGCAGCGCCCGGAGUGAGACCAUCCUGCAGAGGAUUCAGAGUCUCCCAGGGAACGAGCAGUGCUGUGACUGCGGCCAGGCCGACCCACGCUGGGCCUCCAUCAACCUGGGCAUCCUGCUGUGCAUCGAGUGUUCAGGCAUCCACAGGAGUCUCGGUGUUCACUGUUCCAAGGUUCGCUCACUCACGCUAGACUCAUGGGAACCAGAAUUAUUGAAGCUGAUGUGUGAACUCGGAAACAGCGUCAUCAACCACAUCUAUGAAGGCUCUUACCAAGAACAAGGUCUGAAGAAACCUCAACCGUCCAGUUCAAGGCAGGAGAAAGAGGCCUGGAUCAGGGCAAAGUAUGUGGAGAAGAAGUUCCUGAAGAAGCUCAGCUGCAGAGAGAUUUUCAUCAACGGGGACAGCAAACCAGAGCGCCGGUGGAGUGUGAAGAAGUGUCGCAGACACAACAGCGCCACCACUGUGUCCAAAACACGGAGGAGAUACCGUCAGGAGGCUGGAAGCACGUCGCCGUCGACCCUGUCUGCGGCAGCUGCUAAGUUCAGACGGGAGUCCCUGUUCUGUCCAGACGAACUGGACACUCUCUUCUCCUACUUUGACACAGGAUCUGGACCCAGAAGUCUCAGCAGUGACAGUGGGCUGGGAGGCAGCACAGACGGCAGCACAGACAUCCUGGUGUUUGGCUCGGUGGUGAACAGCGUCACAGAGGAGGAGUGUGAAGCGUCUGAUGACUCCAGUGGAGAAGCCGAGCUGGAGGCAGAGCCCGAGGCUUCAGACCCAGAGGACGUACGUGAUCUCCAUCCUGGAAACCUGCUGUACAAAGCCUCAAAGGCCCGAAACCUGCCCGUCAUGGCCGAAGCUCUGGCUCACGGUGCUGACGUCAACUUGGUGAACGCUGAGGACGAGGGCAAGACGCCUCUGAUCCAGGCUGUGAUUGGGGGUUCACUGAUUGCCUGCGAGUUCCUGCUCCAAAAUGCUGCUGACGUCAACCAAAGAGACGCCAGAGGAAGGUGUCCUCUGCACCACGCCACCUAUCUGGGACACACAGGGCAGGUGUGUUUAUUCCUGAAGAGAGGAGCGACGCAGACCGAUGAAGACGAGGACGGCCAGGACCCUCUGAGCAUAGCUGUGCAGCAGGCUAACGCGGAUAUAGUCACACUGCUACGAUUGGCCAGAAUGAACGAGGAGAUGCGGGAGUCAGAAGGACCCUUUGGACAACCAGGUCAAUAUCCAAUCAGCAGUCCCACUGAGCAGCAGUAUAGGAAGUGUAUUCAGGAGUUUAUCUGUCUGAAUAUAGCAGAGUGCUAGAAGUCCGUCCAGUCAGGUGACGCCACCUACUUGGACAUCUUUCGAGAAUUUUCCCACAUGGCCUCCCACAACCCGGAAAAGUUGAAACGAAGAAGCGUUCACUUCCGGCACUCCUUCAGGUAGUCGGCCGACGGACGACAUCACGGCCUUAAGGAGUGCAAUCUUCCUGCCACUAUUCACAGCAGUAGUCAUCAUAUGUGAUGUAAAUGUAGAAUACUGAUAAUACAAAUAUCAUCCACUAAUGUACACGGCAUGCUUUAAAAGAAAAGAAAAGAAAAAUGACAAGAUUGAAGGCGUUUCAGUGAUGCUGUUGUUAGCCAUCGUUGAGUAUUUUAUUGUAUUGUAAGCUGAAUUUACGUGUGCUGUUCUCAAAUCAGACUUGUAUUUCAUUUUUUAUUCUACAUGUAGGGAUUUGCUGGUCAUUUCUCUUUAUAUAAAAAAAUAUAUAGGUUUAUACGUUUUUAGAUUUUCUUUUUGUUAUAAUGUCAAGCACUUGUUUCUUUUUCUCUGCUUCUACCGUCUUUCAUUCUUUGACCACUGAAGGAAUUCCCUCAAUAUUCUCUAUACACAGUAUACUGUAUAUUGCAUGCAUUUUACUCCCAUUGUACUCCAUUACUUCUGAACUCAGCAGCUGCAUGGAAACAGAUCAAAUAGAUCAUUAUUAUCGUUAGUAUUCAGAACAAUCGACACGUUGUUAUUUUUCUUCCUUUGUUGUGAUUGGACUAUGCUGGCGUCUUCUCUUUCGUAGUCCUGUUGUUUUUUUAAUGUAAAAUGGCAGCACCAUCGCUGUGACUGUGUAAAUGCUGUACAAGCAAAAAUGUUAAUAUAUCUGAAAGGACAGGAAACCUGAUGUGGAGCUGGACCGAAUGAACAGUGUCUGUGUUUACAUGCUGAAUGUGCAUUAAAAUAUUUCUGUUUAAA